AUGUCAAGCGAUACCGAGCCCAGCACUUCUCAAUCCAGUACACCCGCCUCAACUCCAUCUCGGUCUGCUAGUCCGGCAUCAUCAACCGCUUCCACUAAAAGCCAAAGCACGAUAAGGACGAGCGAAUUCUUCAAAUACAGGAUAACUCCCGAGAUUCAGGAGCAAGCACCGAAAGGAUUCAAAUAUGAGAAAUCAACUAUGGAUGGGGAUAAGAUUAAGCAUAUUUUCAGGAGUGGGGAUGACCAGAGAUCGGAAGUGUAUGAAGAUGGGACGGAUGAGUUGGGAAGGGGUCAUCUCUAG